UUCUUGAUCACGUGGACCUCCUUAAUGCCUUCCCCCAUCACUAACCUUGCCUGUACUACCUGUAGACUUCUUUGCGAUAAUUGGUGUCAAUUUUUGUUGAUUUAAUUUCUUGUCAUUAAUUUUUUUUAGUUACUUAAAUUUUCUGUCAUUUUGAUUUCUUGUCUUUUUGUUUUUAAUUUGAGUUUCUUUUCCGUCCAGCCUGUAUCUUUUGCUGCUAAUCCCUGUAUGUUGGGUGGGUUCCGUUCUUCACCCUAAAAACCUGUCUGUCCCCCUCCAAAAACUGCAUGCCGGCAAGCCAGCACCGCCAAUCGACUUAAACAUGAUUUUCCACUGAUUCCACCUCGUAAAAUCGCUUACCAUGGAUUUCAGACGACGCGGAGUCAAGUACCAGUUAUCUAGAAUCAGUGAAGAGGACGAAGAGGAAGAAGAAGUAAAUGAAGAAACUGCAUUGAUGGAUGAGCAGGACGGUGAUGCCUUCCAGGAGGAAGAUGCUCAAGGUUCUGGUGAAAACAUGUCACAGACACAGUCGGACCCCGUGACAAACGGGACAGCAGAUGACACCCCCACACCCCCGCACAGUGACAGUGAGACAGAGCCUGAGGGAGGCCCUGUGGAUGAGCCCGAAACUGGACCUGAUGCCGCAACUGAUGGCAGAGGCGACGACAACACGCAAGCAGAUGGAGGUGAUAAUGAAGAUAAAGUAGACAAGGGAGUUGCGGUGUCCCUCCCUCCAGAAUACCAGGAUCCCCCAUCGUACAGGGAGACACUGCGGCUGUCAGGAAUUGAGGUGAACUAUCAAACGCGGAGCCAGGAUGAGGAUGUAGUCAGGGAUCCAGAUGAGGAUAAAGUCAGGGAUCAGGAUGAGGAUAUAGUAAGGGAUCAGGACGAGGAUAUAGUAAGGGAUCAGGAAGAUUCCGUUGAGCCUCAUGUAGUGGUUAAUCCCUUUGAUGAGCCGAGGGACGGAGCACAAUGGGAGGAUAUUGAGAUGGGAGAAAUGACUGGUUCUAAAGAUGACUCACCACAAUCAGCCGAAGCAGCAGCUGAAAUAACCUCUAGCAGUGAUUCCAUCAAGCGUUACGUACAGCCAAUGGAGAUUGAAAGCCAGACGCUGGAGAAGUCGUUUUGGUCGGACAGAUUCCACGUGGGUUUCAAGGACACCAACUCGCGGAGUCUGCUGAUCAUGGUCUUCAGCGUUCUCGUCGUUGUCUUCGCAGUGUUGAUCGUCGUUCUUCUCCCUCUGACCUUCUCGUACGUGGAGUACUUUGAGCUUGGCCUGAAGAGACAGCGCUCCACCGGACGGGUCUUAGCCAGUGAUGGGGCGUACGAGUCAGGCCGGCACGCCAUCGGGCCGGACUACACCUUCAAGAUCUACCCUUCCUGGGCCACCAACAUUCAGCUGGAUGACAUCUCGGUGACCACGACGUCUGGACUGUCUCACAGCUUCUCCUGUAGCUUUCAGUAUUUCAUCAGAGAAGGGGAACUAGGCCUUCUAGAGCAGAGAUUUGACAAGUCGUACCCUGAUGUGAUUGAGUUUGUGGCCCAGGCAGCUCUCAAGAACGUCGCGGCCACCAUCUCCUUAUCAAUGUAUCUAGAGCAGAGGAGACGAGUGGAGAUCAUGUUUCACGAUGCGCUCCGGGCCAAACUGGGUGGCGACUGUUGUCCUGAUCAAGAGCUUUGCCUACGCUACGACACCUGCCAUCUGUGCAGUAACUCCACCACCAACUGUACCCAGGGCUACCACGUGGACGUGCCUUACUUCCAGCUCCUAGAGAUCGACCUGCCCGACGUCAUCCUGGAUAGGAACCUACAGGUGCAGUUGCUGAACGAACAGGCUGAGGAGGAGACCUUCCUGCAGCUAGAGUUGCUGGCUAGGAAGAAGACGGAGAAAGAAACCCAGGAAAUUCUCAAUUCAGCUUCUGAAGUAACCAACAACGGAACCGCAACGGCCAGCUUGAUCCGAUCCUUGGGCGAGGCCGAGGCAAGGGCGAUAGUUGAAGCCGCUAACAGCCAAGGGUUGGCCUUGAUGUACGACAGAAUGGGCGUGACAACGGACGAACACAAGGCCUCGUUACACUGGCUCAGGACUCUAGAGCAACAAGAAAUGCUGGUCAUGGGCGUCAGCUUUCAGGAAUACUUAAGCUUGGUCAGAGACUCCAUUGUUACGUAGAGGAGGGGGAAGGUGGGCAUAGUUUGCCCAUAAAAAAAA